AAAGAACGAGAUCUUGAUUGUGAGAUCGGGAAGUGCGCGGGACAACCGACGAAAUAAUACGACAGGGACAGGAGCAGGACGCGAUUCGACGCCACUGCCGGCACUUGGACGUGCAGAUCUGCUGCCUGCGCCUGCUUUUUUGCCUUCAUCCUGGGACGGGAGGUUAUAUAGCUGCCUGCGUAUGACACGUUCGCAUCGAGAACACAGCUAGUGACAGGCAGCAGCCAGAGACCUCACCGCCAGCAAACGACGAAGGAUUUUUUUUUCUACCGAGAGCGGCGCAAUACAUACCUGGGCUGGAUGAAUUAGCUGGCUGCUGAGGUUGUUACGUUCGACCACUUGUGCCACCGCCGCUGAUUGGAGGUAGCGUGGCCUCCAAGUUGCAGCCACGAUGGAUCCGGAUAGGCUGGUCAAGGUGGAAGACAUGGAAAUCGAGGAAGACACAUAUCAAGAUAAGCCAGCUGUAGAAGAGGAGUACACGAGAGCGAGGAAGAAGAAGCCGUUCCGGCCAGUCAGAGGCACAAUAAGCGUGCUCUUGCGGUAUGUUUACCCUUGUUUACCUUGAGCUCGCUGCCAGGAGCAGAAGCGAAAAUCAGCCCAUUGACACUUCAUCUGCAGGCUCUUCGUCUGGUAUUCGAUCUUUAUAGCCUUGUUCCGAUGCCCGUCGUCUCUCUCCGAGCUCGAUGACGAGUCUCCGCGAAUCUGCCAGCCAUACAUAAUCGCAAAAACUCGCCUCGAGCCUUACAUAUCACCUUACUACCACAAGUACGCCGCAGAACACGUCGAACAUAUUAAGCCAUACACACAAUCAGCCUACAAGACGGCAGAGAAGCUGUACAUUCCGACGGCACAGUUCUCGAAAACUAUUUAUCAGGGCCAUGUAUCUAUUUACGUGGAGCAGGCUAUGGAGCUUGCAAAGUCGCAGUGGAACCAGAAAGUGUCGCCACACACAGACCCUUUGCAGGCGCAGGUUAUCGAAUACUACACCACGUCUAUCAGUCCUCACAUCAAGUCGGCGCAGUCGAUUGUUAUCCCUUACUUCUGGGUAGCUGCUGAAUAUAGCGUUCACAUCAACAACAAUUACGUUAUCCCAGCAUAUAUUCGUGCUCGCCCGGCGAUUCACCGCGUUUGUGCGACCAUAUAUGACUUUGUCGUUACAACCCUUGCGCCAUACAUACAGGAAGCAUGGUCAGCUGCAGUAGUCUUCCUCAAUGGCACUGUUCGACCGCAUAUCAGGACCCUUUACUCAGAGAACGUGGAGCCGCAGCUUGUGAAAAUCGGAGAGAAGCUCGCCAGCUACCGCGAGGGACGAACAAUUCAGCAAGUCAAUAUAGAAACUGCCAGCUCAGUAGUUCACGAGUACACGGCAGCUAGGUCGUCUACGCGCAGCUCCGUUGAAUCCAGGGAUACACGAGUAUCGUCUGUGGCACCUCCUGCUACUUCCAAGCUGACACCUACCCAGCAAACUGCGCUUGCGCGAGAAAAGAUUUCGACGGAUCUCAAAGCUUGGAAGGAAAGGACUACAAAUUUAGCCAGUAAAGGGCUUGAACAUGUCCGAACACAGGUUCGCCAGGUAGUCGAAGAUGUUGCACGCCAGGAGAAGCCAUCCGGAGAGGAUAUGCUUGCACGCCUAGAAUCUGUCGCCAAUGAACAGCUAUAUACGUUGACGCAGGAUCUAUAUUCCAUCAUCCAGGCAAUCCCUGAGGAAUAUACUCAAGAAGAUGAAGAGAGGGCCCAAGAUGCAUUCCUACAGCGGUUGAGGGAGUCUAGCCACGCCAUUAGGGGCAUGGCACAUUCCCUUCGUCUCUGGUUCAAUAAGUAUCAAGAAACGCUCACAGAUGUCGUCACCCAGACAAUUAACAUAACAUUGGACGUUCUUGAGAAUGCCCGUGAGCUUGGACUACAAGAAAUUGGAAUGCGCUGGACAGCUAUCGACGGUGUUACGUACAAAGACUGGAAAAGCUACUAUGAGCUCAAAUCGGAUCUCGGUGAAUGGAAGAAUGAUAUUCGACAGGCUGGGUUACAGCAUGAUAGCUUUGUUUUGGCUAAGGAUGAUGGGGAGAAUAUUGUUGCACGGGGCAUGGAUAUUGCACUGGAUGCCGCAAGACAACUGGCGGAAAUACGCUCUAUUGGCAAGCUGAAGAUCGAGGCGGGAGAUACCACUAGACAACUUAACGUCGAUCACAUCAACGAUGAGAUGAUAGAACACAGGAAGAAGUACAUGAUUACCAGUGUAACAUCGACUUCUACCGUUGCGCCCACUCCGUCAGAGAUAUCUGAUGUGUCUAAAAUGCUUAUCUCCAACGAAACGGAGGCUGAUGAGCCAUCAGAGAGCCCUGUGGCAGAGAUCCCUGUCGCAGAAAGCCUUGAGGCUGAGGUCGAAACUCCACCAGGUGAAGAUUAUGGCAGCGAACAACCAAAGUCUGCUCUCCUGGAAGAAACUAUUCAGUCAGAUGAGACCCUGGAGCCCCAGCCGACCCCUGAGGCUCCUGUUGUUCUAGAGGAGACUGCAACUGCAGUUAUACCCGAGGGAUCUUCUCCUGGAUUCACAUCCAUGGUAGAAGAGCCCGUCUCUUCAGACCCUGCGAAUUAUGGGGAGUCAUAUCAGGAUGAGGUUAUAGAUGUUAUUGAACAGGAGCACGACCAGCUGCAUGUUGACCACGAAACGCUGGAUGAUACCAUUCAAGUUGAUGAGACUGUACCUUUACCCACCAGUCCAACCUCAUCGACUUCCGAAACCGAAGCCGAAGCUCCGGUCUUUGUGACGCAGGUAGUUGAAGAUACCACCCCAAAUGCGCCAGAGGAUAUUUUGAGUCAAACCACCGAACAUACUCAACACACCCCAUCUAUAUCUCUAGGUGAACCCAUCGAUGUCCAUGAAAUGGUUGGUUCAGCAACAGACAAGAUAAUUUCACUCGUUGACUCUGCAAAGGCUGGCCUAUCGGAAACACCCGUCCCCAAAAACGAAGCCAACACUCUGAUGCAAGAUGCAAGCACCAAGCUUGGUGAUAUCGUUUCAUCUGUCCAGUCUUCAAUCAGCUCUCUCGAGGCCACACCCCCAUCUGAAUCUUCCGCGCCGGAACAACGCCGUGAACACAUUAGGGAUGAAAUAUCCCGGUUGACUGCGGCUCUGGAAGCUGCUCAGGCCGCUUUACUUGAGCUAUAUCGAUCUGACGAGCGAGGACAGCCGCAGGAGUCUACCUCAGUUGAAACCGCUCACGAGUAUAAUGAUGGUCAUUAA